AGAUUAUAAAAAUAUUGUAAGAAAGUUUUAUGACCUUACUAUACUACCUUAAGUGAGUUAUUCAAGUCCGAGUUUACUACAUCAUACACAAUUUAUGCAUGGAUGGUAUAUAUAUGUGUAUAUACAUACUUAUAAAUAGCCUAUCUUAUCUACUGCACCUUUCUUUACUGUUUUGCUCGUGUGGUGUAUGAUAAGCUUUUCGUAACCAAACACGCAAGAUGGCGGACAUUGCUUACUAGGCCCAGAUUGGCAAACAAGAGAACGUGGGUUUAUAUUGAAUUAUAUUUAAAUAUCUGCUUGUGAAGAUAAGGGCGAAAUUUGUCUGUUUACCGCAAGUUAAACAAAAGUUUGACUCUAACAAAAUGAGUAUUAUAGCAAUAGCAACUGCAUCUAGUACAGAAAUUCUUAAUCUUGACGAAUUUGUUUCACCGGAAACUAUAAAUCGUGCAGUGUUGCAAUUAAUUUUAUCAAUGGAUGACCAACUGUACCCUCAACAAAUGUCACAGGAAACAAUUACUGGUACAAGUUUGCAGUCUGGUUCUACAUCUGGUAAUGUUAAAGACUGGCAUAAAAUAGUUCAGCACCAACUAGUACUUAUAUUCCACGCUCACAAAUGUCUGCAACAAGAUCAGCAAGCUAAUGGUGACAUACAGAUAUGUUCACUAGUACAAUGCAAUCCUACAAAAAAUACUUUAAUUCACAUGACAACCUGCAAAAGUGGCAAGGACUGCACGUUACCAAACUGCGAUUCAUUUAGAAGUAUUAUCACUCAUUGGAAGACAUGUCUAAAUAAUGACUGCCCUGUUUGCUCACCAUUAAGACAAAUAGCAAAAAAUAAAGUCGCUGAUCUUCCUGAGGGAGCACAAUCUCAUCAACCUGAAGUUAAAUCAGGAAUCAAUCAAAGGGCGUAUAGUCAAGGACCGCAAAAUAUAUCUAACGUAUCUUUUUCAGCCAGUUCUACUACAAAAAAUCAAGCUAUUAAUAUUAAUCAAUCAAGCUCAGUAACGGAAUCAGUAGCGACUGAUAAUCUGCAGCAACAAUCUUUAAAUCCGAAUGAAACUGAUGCAAUUAAUAUAAAUCAAGCCGCAUACUCACAAGUUGACAUUGGGCUAGUGCAAGGACCUGAAGAAUGUCAUAAAUUAGUGGCAGCAGAUAUUAGAGAAGGGAAUGUUAAUAAAUUGGUUCAAGCAAUGUUUCCAGUUGCUGAUCCAGAAUCAAUCCUUGAUACAAGAUUAAAUAACUUAUUGAAUUAUGCUAAACAUAUUGAAGCUGACAUCUAUGAUCAAGCUAAUUCGAUAUUCGAAUAUAAUCAUUUAGUAGCAAACAAAAUUAUUGAAACUCGAAAAGAAUUCGAGGAAAGAUUUCAAAAACGAGACACUCAAACUCCAGACCAAUCGAUAGUUAAUUAUGGACAGCUAUUUAAUGCAACUAAUCCAUUUAUUUCAAAUUCGCAAACUGUAGCUGUAGGUAGUAAUCAGGCUACUUCAGUAGAAGGUUCAAACUAUAUUGCAGCAGCAGCGAUGUCUGCAAUUCCUCAAGAAUCAAAUGAAAUUAUGGAUCAAUUAUUUGGCUUUAAUGACUUCAACCAGUCUACUACUUUAAAUGGAAAUCGUUUGCCAAAUUUUCAACUGCCAGAUGGUCUUACACCAGAACAAGUAUCAGCUACACCAGUAGAAGAAACUAAAGAAUGGCAGCGAGUUAUGACGCUAGAUAUUAGAAAUUAUCUUGUUCGUAAAUUAUUUAAUGUCAUUUUUGCAAAUCGUAAUCCAGUAACGUUUUUUAAUAGAUUGAAUAAUUUAGUAUGUUAUGUAAAAAAACUUGAACUUGAUUUAUAUGAAAUGGCUAAUUCGAGAUUAGAGUACUAUAAUUUAUUGGGGGAAAAAAUUUAUAAAAUUCAAAAAGAAAUGAAUGAAAAACGUCAAAAUCGUACGGAAAUGCAAUUAGCUCAGCAGCAACAGCACUCCCAAUCACAGAUUGCGGGUAGUUCUGGAUAUCAAACUUUUUCGACUUUGCAAAACUUUUCUCAAGCAGCAGGACCAUCUAGUUCUGUCAAUUAUCCAGCGGGCAUUAACCAAUUUCACAAUACUCAAGGAUCAAUGCCCCAAGUUUUCGGAUUUUGAACUAUUGCAUUUUCCUAGAGCUCAAUAACUGCUGUAUUUUUAAAAAGACGUAAAUUUUUAUUGAAAAUUAUGACACAAAACAAUUUAAUAUUUUUUUAAAUUUAUAUUCAGCAGUAGUCUAAUAACGAGCAAAUAAUAAAUCGUAAAAACGUUCGUUGUGAUAUUGCUAAUUCAUGUUUAACACUUUAACUUACAUGACAUGGAUAAAAAUAAGCCUGUUUAUUUUGACGUGAGUCAGUAACAAUUUGAUAAACUUUGUGUAAUGUACUAUUCUGUACUAGAGAUGAAUAACCUUUGGACUUGAAUUUGCAUGACGAUCUAAAAGUAAAGUUGGAUGGUAAGUUGACGUCAGUGUACUGCCGCAACUUAUCGUAAAGUUUAAUGCAAAAAAUAAGGUGCAUUAUAAAUUGACAGCAACUUUCUGGGGACCAAUAAAGUCGAUCGCAACGAAAUAACACCAACUCUUCUUGUGACUAUUGUUAUAUUGUCUGAUGUCGACUGGCUCCAACUACUGAGUCUCUUAAUUUUAAUACAAGAAAUUGUAAAAAAUAUAAUGUGGGGCAUGAGAUAAAAAACGAUUUCAGACUUGGUGUGAUGCUAGUUAACUUCACCCUCAUCUAAAAUUGUCUGUUUUUAUCCGUUGUCAUACAAUAUUCUAUUUUAUAUUUCUUAUAAUUAUAAAUUUUUAAAUAAAUAGUAAAAUACAAUAUUAUUUAGACUAUAUGUCGGACUAGGUAUAGUUCCUGUUAUGACUUUUUUUAUAUAACAUUUCCGUGUAAAAAAAUUCAUUCCAUCAUUUGUCGAAAACAUUUAUAAAAACAAAGUUACGAAAGGUUUAGAUAAUUAUGAACUUUGAGUGGAUUAUAUUUUGAAUUUAAAGAAAACAAGAGAAAAAAAAUUGAAAUAUCGUGACUUUUUUUGAACAGUUCAGAUAAAGGUAAAAAAACGUUGAUAAUUUAUUUAAAAGUCUUUUUUUUUAACGUUUUCUAAACCGAAAAAAAUCUUAAACUAAAUUAUAUUAGCUUGAAAAAUUUUGAAAAACGUCUCUAGAAAGUACUCACUUAAAAAUUUUUUUGAUUCUGAGAAUAAUCAUCUCAAAGUUUAAAAUCGUCUCGGAUUUAUAAGUUCACUGUUGUAAAAAUUUCCGGAAAAUUUUUUUUAAACGUGUUACUGUAAAAAUAUAUUUUUUUUUUGUGCAAUGUGAAAUGUUAGUGAAUACUUCAAUUAAUUCUUAAUAUUUGAAUUAACGAUGUCAAAGUACAAUGAUGUUAACGCUUUAUAUUGAUAAGUAAUACGAUAAUUAUUUUAUAUAUUUAUUAAAUAUAAUAUUCUUACUAAGAUUUAUAGUAUAUCGCCAAAAUGAAUUGUAUUUAAUUGAUUUAAAGUUCAACCUAUAAUUGA